CUCAGCUGCAGGACCUCUGAGGCUGUAGGAACGAAGUUGCCUCGCAGAGGUGCUGUCUGCUCUCGCACGGUCUCCCAGCGCUCCCAGCGCUCUUCGGAUCAUCCAGGGAUGCGACGUUACACCGUUGCACGACCUGCAAAGGCCAACGUGAGUACCAAAGUCGUCUCGUGCCCACCCCUGCCAGGCCGGACCUUCCACGAUCUCACCUUUUCUGUCGCGACAUCGACGAAGGUGACGCGGGCAAUUCGAAACCGCUGGAACCUAGACCCCAUGACUCCCAUGGCAUCUGAAGGGCGUGCUCCAUUAGCGCUCCUCUCUGGUGGUGAUGAAGCCGAUCGGCUGUUGGUGGAAGGGAAGAGGAAGAUGCACCGCAUGUUCGAUUGGGCCGCAGGUAUCCUGCGGCCAAUGGAGGCUACUUGCAUCUGGCUUUUCCCGGCUUUCGUUGCUGGCUCCAUCUUGUGGGCUGUAAGCUGCAAGAUUUUUUACCGCAUUCGUGGCGAGUUUGGCAAGGAUCUCGUCAUUCAACGCUUUGGCCAGCACGCCUUCCACGUAGUCAGUGGAGACUACUCCAGCAAGCUCAUCUACGAGGAGAUCUUUCGCAAGAAGGUAUACUUCAAACGUGGAGUUUCUUUAGACGGUUUUGACGACCGGCAAGACCGGCAAGAGAAGGAGCGCAAGCCCUGCGGGCCCUUGGUACUCGAUGUGGGUGGGAACCUUGGAUUCUUCUCCGCUUUCGUGGCGGAACACUUCAGAGGUUCGAGGAUACACAUCUUCGAGCCUUUGCCCUUGUUGGUGAACGCCAUUUCCCUCAACUUGGCCAGCUACGGCUGCGUCGUGUUCCGUGCACAUGAUGGCCAAACUCUCCUUCGAGAUGCUCCUGAUGGCACACGAGUCGUGGUCCACCAGACGGCGCUCGGAGCGCACGAGACCGAGCUCCCUCUGACAUAUCAGAGCCGAAUGCUUGCGGGAAGCAGUUUGGUUCCUGAGAGGUUCCUUCCUAGCAACAUCGACAAGAUCCAGUUUCUACAAGCCAUGUAUCUGGAUUCUGUCACCCUUGGUGCUCUUCCCGCCUUUCCCACACGCUUCCUCUGCCAGCUUCUCGGAGUCCCAUGGCUCCGCAUUCCCAUCUUCCUAGCGCUCACACCACUGAUGAUCUUGCGUCAGAUUCAGCAACGCCUGUCUGGAAACAGGCAGCUGGUGUUCAGAACCCCCGUGAGGACAUUAUCUAGCAUUCUCAAGGAGCAGGGCCUUUUGGGAAAGACUGUGGACUUGUUGAAGGUGGACGUGGAAGGAGCAGAAUGGGACGUCCUGAUGGGGAUUGACGAGCAGAUCUGGCCCUGUCUGCGUCAGCUGGUGAUAGAGGUGCACGAUGGCGAUGAUGGCCGCGUCCAGAAGAUAAUGGAGCUUUGCAAGGGCAAAGGGUUCAAGGUGAUGAAGAUGCAGGAGGAGGCCUUCGAGCUGCCCAAGCUUUGCAAGAUUUUCCUGAUCUUCGCCACGAGGUGA